GCAAGGGGCACAGGCCGGGGGCUCUGCAGGGGCCUCGAUCCUCCAAAGCGGAGCCAGGGGAUGAGUGUGGGAGGGGUCACAGCCUUAUGGCAAGGAGCUCUGGAAGGUGUUGGGUUGGGUAACAUGGGGAGUUUUGACCUCUGGUAUCGGAGGGGAGAAAAAACCCGAAGGCACUGCAGCGCGGGGCAGGUGCACGCAGCGUUUGUGCAGCAGCUGCCUGCUCUGCCCUCACUCUGCAGGCAAAUCCCAGCCGCUUGCCUCUGUAACUUGCAGCACACAGCAUCUAGGGGAUGCACGACUGCCCUGCUUUCAUUCCAGUGCAAGGACGGGCUUAAAUUCUGGGAUUUACAGCAGCAACAGCUUUGUAUCUGCAAGGAGGAGACUUGGCUGGCACAGGGGGCUUCCACCAGCCUUCUCUGGGCUUGCUUGGAAUAAACUGUGUAAAUUUUCCCUGGGCUUAUUGCAAGAGCUGGAAAUGUCCCAGGUCAUGGCAGAAAUGCCCCUGUGCUGCGUGGCACUGCCCGGUUUUCCUUGCUGUCCCCUUUGGCCAACUCUUCCUGGGUAAUGCUGCUAUUUGCAGCCCUUUAAUCCCUGAUACCCAGCGGGAGGUGAGAGGCAAUUUCUUAAUUUGUGUCUGGCCAUUGGGCGGCCUUGCAGGGGUUUUAUAAAUGUGCUGUUCCAGGCUGGGGACGCAGGGGGCUCUGGGGAGCCGAACCUGCCUGUGAUGAGCGGGGUGCUGGAGGCUGAGGCGUUGAGCAGCUUCCAGGGAAUUCCAGGCAGAGCCUCGCUGGAGAGGCAGCAGCAGGAGAUGUCCUCGAUCUGAGCUGGGCAAGAGCCCGCAGACCUUCUCCCCUAGAAAAGCAUCACAGCGAAGGUGACUCUGAGCAGCAGCAUCACUCAUCGCACGCUGGUUUUCCACCCGUGUGCUCAGCCUCUAAUUUGGGGCAGCAAAUGCAGCCUGGUGGUGCACCCAGGCUUGGAGUCACACCAGGAGGUGAGAGGGACCCCAAAAGAGUGAGCAGACAGAGCCUGAGCAGCUGAAUAACUGCUUCUCAGUGUCUUAUUUUUGAGCACCCCAUCAAUUUGCCAGCAAAUGCCUGUCCACCCUCGCUGCCUUCCCCAGGACCCAGGCACUGGACGUCACUGGGGGCCACCAGGGGCCACCAUGCUGCAGCAGACAGGGUGAGAAAGUGCCUGGGGAACUUGUCCAACACAUCCCACCUGGCCAAAAGGUGCUGGAACAAAGCUGCUUCUGAGAGGCAGGACAGGGAGCUGUGUGUGCCGGGGCCCAGGACUCACCCAUCAGAAAAUUCUGCUAAAGCUGCUGUAGUUUCUCCUUGGAGGAAAUGAAUUUAGUGUUCAGGGGGGUGUAGGGGAUGCUGAACAAAGCAUCCCUGUUUCACUGAAGCAUCUGCUACAGUUUCACUUGGGCAGCCCUAGCUGUGGAGGAUUGUGCAGCAGGAGCAGUAUGAAAGCUGAGAAAAACCAAAUGGGUGAUUCCAUUUGGGAACUGCAAGUUUUACUCUGUGUGAGCUUAAAAUAGAGGGGGUAUCUGGCUUGUGACAACAAUUAGGGUCGUGGCGUUGAGAUGGGUUUGGUCUGGGUGCUGCAACGCUGAGUUUACCAAGCAGGAGGUGGGAGAAGGAAGGAAGCUGAGGACCUGCUCGGAAGGUCUGCGGACGGAGCCCUGUCCUCGCUGGGCGCAGAGAUGCUGGGCUGGAUUGAGCGGGUGGUUCCCCAGCCCCCCGCGCCAUGCCUGAUGGAGGAGAGCCCCCCAGCCCCAGCCCCGGAGCCAGCCAAGGUGCCAGCACGGAAGGGCAGCAGCCCCAGGGAUGCUGUGGACAGCACACGUGUGCAGGAAACUGAGAAGAAGGUGGAAUUUGCAGUGCCUGAGGACGUGGUCCCCGCAUCAGCAUCGGUGUUUGAGAGUGUGGGGAGCAGUGUGCUCUCCUGGCUCUCCCAGGGGCUGGAGAAGGUGAUCCCACAGCCAGUCCAGGCCCCGGGGACACUGCAGGCACUCGGGAAGAGCUUUGAGACGAGCAUCGAUGUUCCUGACCAGACGGAGGUCCAGGUCAUCAAGGAUGAAGAGGAGGAUGCUCUGGAGAUCACCCCCUUCGACCCUGAGGAGGACGAGCUGGAUGGCUGCGAGACGGACACGGGUUUGGACACGGGUGCAGAGGAAUGGUGGGAGCAGCGUGUGCUGAGCUGGCUGGUGCAGGGCUUCGAGAGAAUGGUGCCGCAGCCGGAGAUGCCGAAAAAGCCUGAGCCAGAGCCGAAGGAGGAGAGGCACAAAGCUGCGGCAGGAGGCACAAAAGGGACUAAAACCCAGGCGAAGGUGAAAGGGAACGUUUCAGCUGCCCCGAGCAUCCCGGGAACAGUGGAGCCAGUAGCUGCUGAGGGGCAGCCAGAGCCUGUGGCCACCGUCCUCCCUCGUCCCCUGGCUGGGGACAGCAGCAGCAUGUUUGGAUGGUUUGUCCAGGGGCUGGAGAAGGUGAUGCCACAGCCUGUGAGCAGGGAGAAGCAGGACACGCAGGGAGCAGCAGCGGCAGCCUUCAGCCCCGUGGAAGAAAUUCAUAUCGUCCCUGUGGAGGUUGUGGAGACAGACCUAGUCGUGGAGGACAUUGAUGAUGACUGGAGUGAUGAAGUAGCUCACGAGCCAACGGCCUGGGAUGGCGUGGCUGAGCUGGUGGCCCAGGGUCGUCCUCUGCCCCCCAUAGAGGAGGAACUUCAGGAAGAAGAGACCAGGCUGUGCUCCUGCCCCCUGAGUGCUGCUGAGGAGGAGCAGGAGGAGCAGGAGGAGCAGCAGGAGCAGGAGGAGGAGGAGGAGGAGGAGGAGGAAGCGGAGGAGAAGAAGGAAGAGGAGGAGGUGGAGGAGAGCGUGGGAGCCCUGCUCCAGUCUCCUUGCCUCCCCACCGAUGAGGGGCUGGAGGACGCCUUCUUUGCAGAAGAGGCCCUCAGCUUCGCGCAGCUAGAAGAAGCUGAGAUAAGUGAUCUGGAAGGUGCUUUCGUACAGGUGGAAGACAAGACGGUUGAAGUUACCGAAACUGAUGCUGAAGCUUCAGAUGCCUUGUCCUUUAGCAGCUCCCCAAUGUCCCCAGCUACCGAGCUGCUGCUGCCUCCCGCAUCCCCGUCCUUGCUGCCAGAAAGCGAAAGGCUGGAGUUGUCAACCCCGUUUUUUGCAAUGAGGAGCAAUCCCCUGUUCAGCCCCCUAGGGCUCGGUCACUGCCUCACCGUGGGUGUUGAGGACGUGGACGGCGGAGGUGAUGCUGCAGAGGAGGAUGGCACCUGCUUGCCGCUGCCCACCCCUGGUGACCCCCACAUGCUGGUGGUGCCCGGUGCUGUGCCAGCGAAGAAGCUGCCGGCCCCCACGGACAACCUGGAUGAGGCACCGGCGAGCUGGGAUGAGCUGCAGAAGGACAGCUUGCCCGAGCGCAUCGGUUCGGCCACCAGCCAGAGCAGUGCCAUCAUCAAUGACCGGCUCCAGGAGCUGGUGAAGCUCUUCAAGGAGCGCACAGAGAAGGUGAAAGAGAAGCUGACCGACCCUGAUGUCACCUCCGAUGAUGAGAGCCCUUCGGCAUCCCCUUCCAAGCCAGCGCCCCCAGCACCACCACCGCCCCCCCCGGCAGAAGCGCCACCAGGGGACAAGGCAGCAGAUGAUGAACACUACUGCGAGAUGCUGUGCUGCACCUUCAAGUGCCAGCCCUGGAUGGCCCGCCUGAAGAGCUACCAGUUCCCCAGCAGCAUCGACCCGCUCACCAACCUGAUGUAUGUGCUGUGGCUCUUCUUCGUUGUCCUGGCCUGGAACUGGAACUGCUGGCUGAUCCCCGUCCGCUGGGCUUUCCCCUACCAGACGCCAUCCAACAUCCACUUCUGGCUGCUCGUGGACUACCUCUGCGACCUCAUCUACCUGCUGGACAUCAUCGUUUUUCAGACCCGCCUGCAGUUUGUGCGGGGGGGAGACAUAAUAAGUGACAAAAAGGCCAUGAAGGAGAACUACCUGCAUUCACAGCGCUUUAAGAUGGAUGUGGUAUGCCUCCUUCCCCUGGAUUUCUUCUACUUCAAAGUCGGUGUCAACCCGCUGCUGCGUUUUCCCCGCUGCCUGAAGUACAUGGCCUUCUUCGAGUUCAACAACCGCCUUGAGGCCAUCCUGAGCAAGGCAUACAUCUACAGGGUGAUUCGGACUACUGCCUAUUUACUGUACAGCUUGCAUGUGAACUCCUGCCUCUAUUACUGGGCAUCAGCCUAUGAAGGACUGGGCUCUACCACCUGGGUCUAUGAUGGGGAAGGAAACAGUUACAUCCGCUGCUACUACUGGGCAGUCAAAACCCUCAUCACCAUCGGGGGCCUGCCAGACCCCAAGACACUCUUCGAGAUUGUCUUCCAGCUGCUGAACUACUUCACGGGUGUCUUUGCUUUCUCCGUCAUGAUCGGGCAGAUGAGAGAUGUGGUUGGUGCUGCUACUGCUGGGCAAACUUACUAUCGGAGCUGCAUGGACAGUACUAUUAAAUACAUGAACUUCUACAAAAUCCCCAAAACCGUGCAGAACCGUGUCAAAACAUGGUAUGAGUACACAUGGCAAUCACAAGGCAUGCUAGAUGAGUCUGAGCUGCUGGUGCAGCUGCCGGACAAGAUGCGGCUGGACAUCGCCAUUGAUGUGAACUACAACAUCGUCAGCAAAGUGGCCCUCUUCCAGGGCUGUGACAGGCAGAUGAUCUUCGACAUGCUGAAGCGGCUGAGGUCGGUUGUCUACCUGCCAAAUGACUACGUCUGUAAGAAGGGGGAGAUCGGCCGCGAGAUGUAUAUUAUCCAGGCUGGACAAGUGCAGGUGCUGGGGGGACCCGACGGCAAAACCGUGCUGGUGACGCUGAAAGCUGGAUCUGUGUUUGGAGAAAUAAGCUUGCUGGCAGCGGGAGGAGGAAAUCGGCGAACAGCAAACGUUGUCGCUCAUGGAUUUGCUAAUCUUUUCAUUUUGGAUAAGAAGGACUUGAAUGAGAUUUUGGUGCACUACCCAGAGUCUCAGAAGUUGCUGCGUAAGAAGGCCAAGAAAAUGCUGAAAAACAACAAUAAACCCAGAGAUGAGAAAGGGCAGCCCGUAUCUCCGCUGAUCAUUCCCCCAAAGCCUGACACGCCGAAGCUCUUCCAGGCGGCCCUGGCUGCCAUGGGGAAGACGGGAGGCAAAGGGCGUCUCGCACACCUCCGGUGGAAGCUGCAGGAGCUGAAGGCAAUGCAGGCAGAGCAGGAUCCCAGUUUCAGUCCAAUCCCACCAAAGUCACCAGUGCACCGCAGAUCUCCUACUGCUUCCCCCAAAGCCUGCACCCCUCCGGGAGAGGAAAUAUGCUCAAAAUCUUCUGAUAAUUUAGUCGCUAUCCGUGUGAUUUCAGCAGCGCAGGAGGAUGAAGAAGUACUUGCUGCUGAGAUUUCACAGAAGGAAGAAGAGGAAGAAGGGAAAUGAAAAAUAAGCGGAUCUGGGGGCUGGUGGCACAAGUAGGAAUUGGGCAAAUGCUUCAGGUAGAAGCUUUUAGUUGUUAAUGAUUCCUGCACCGUGGUUGUAGGCUUUGCUAGCUAAGUGCUGCAGAUGGGCUCUGCCUUUCUUCUCUGCUUAGUCCUUCACCCGCUGUUGUCAAAACCCUUUGCCAAAUGACCCAGAACUACACAAGAUUCCUGUGCUCAUUCUUACUGAGCAUCUGUCUGAAUAGUCCCUAUAUGUAUCAGGCCAGCCCUCUAGCCUUGAGAUCUUACAGAGAGGGAGUGCAGAAGAAAAAUGGCUCUUUACAGCUCUGAAUGGUUAAUGAGUGUCUGUCCAGAUAAAGCCUGAAGUUGUUCACCUCCAAAAGCUGAGUCACUGCAUGGCCAGAAACAAACACCAGAGGAAAAAAAAGAAAAAAAAAAAGAUUCCUUUGUUGGACUUCAGGCAGUGGGGACGGUGACUCAUCUGGAAAGGAUUUGGACUCUGCUCCUAAGCCAAGCACAGACCAAGCUGGGUGUCCCGCCACACUGUGCCUGCUGCCACCAACAAGCGGUGCUCAGGGGGCAAAUCCUGGCUGCUUCCAGCUGCCCUCCAGCUGGGACAGGGCAGAGGAGUGACACAAGUGCUUCCCCAAGCCACUACUUCAGGGUCAGGCCAGAGUCCACGGCGUGCAGAGCAGCGUGUGCAGCUGCAUCCUGGGCAUCCAGCUGCAUCCAGCUCCAGCAGUGUCCCCGGGCCCACGGUCACGCUGCUGUCUCUCAGCCCCCUUGCCCACAGGGAAACUGCUCUGGCCCCAUUCCCGCAGCAGCUCGUAGCAACAUUUUCCUUCUUGUGGAGAAAGAGAUGUGGCUGAGGAAGCUCCAGCUGCUCAGUGAAUACCAACAUGCUGCAAGUUUCUGCCUGUGACACAUCCCUGGCACAAGGGUGGCACACCCACGUGGAUCCCUGGGAAAGCCCCAGCUCCCAUCCGAAGCCUGCUGGCUCAUCUUCAUGUCAGGAGGGCUUUUCCUACCUUUCCUACUCAGCUUUUUUUUCCUCUCUUGGAAAAUAUAUGGGUUUCUGUGGUGGAAAGGGACAGAGUAUAUUAGUGUUAAUUCAUGAUGGCUUGCUCUCUUUUAAACAAAACUUCAAGGAAUUCCAACAUGCCACUUGUGCAUCUGAACCCACCGCUGCCCUUAACGUUGCAGAGGAAAAUCUGAACCCAUCCCCACUUCCCGUAAUCUGUAGUGAUUUGCAAGUGAUUCCCUGGUUCCCUGCCGGGUAGGUUUGGGGCGGAGGAAGUGCUUUCCAGUAUAUAAAUAUUUAAAUAAGCGAACCAGGAAACGUGGCAAAGUCAAAGCAGGGUUCUGAUUUGCUGCUACAAUUUGAUACAGCUUAGAAAAACAGUUUACAUCAGAAGUGUGCAUAACGGCUUUCAUAACCCACUGUAUCUACAAUAAACACCCUUCAGAUUACCACCAUUUUCCAUGGAUUUAUUUCAAAA